AUGGAUGCGGAAAACAGCAGCUGGCUGGGAAAGGGGUGCCGCAACCUGCUAGUGCCACGCAGGCCUGUUUCCCGGGAAGAUGUCAUCAGCGCAGUUGGAGAGUACGGUCGACGGGAAUGCGUACCAGCUCACUGUGGAUACAGCAUCAGAGAGAACAUUUGUGAGGCCGGACGUUACGUCGACGAGGAGCCAUCCUAUGUGGAGCAAGAGUUGCCUGUGUAUGUGGCAGACAUUGAUGACCCGUGCUUGCUGGGUCUGGACUACCUUCUGGAGAGCCGUGCCUGUCUGGACUUUGGAGAGAUCCGCAUGGAAGUCCAGGGGAAGGAGGUGCCACUGCUGAAGGCAAACGCCACCAUCGAGGUCGUAGCUACCAAGACUACCUGUGUGCCACCGAGGAUGGAGACUUGGGUGAGUUGCAGGCUGAGUCGUGAUAUGGAAAAUGAAGUCUGUUUGGUGGAGUCCUUACCCCUCUCCCAGUUGCAGAGUGAACUGCUGGUCGGGAAGACACUGGUGUGGCCUGAUGAUGAGCAAGUACGUGUGCUGGUCGCUAAUCUGGCCGAUGAGGAGCGGCAAAUACCAGCUGGAGCUGCGGUGAGGAGCUGUGAGGCUGUGGAGCUGGCACAUAAAGUGCCAGGCUCAGGCCCUAAGGAGAUGGCAGUUACCCAUGGCUUCUCAGCACAUCUGGAGGACGUGUGGAACAGGAGUAUAGUGUGCUUAGACAAGGAGCAGGCAGUUCAGCUGGAGAAAUUGCUGCAGAAGUACACUGAUGUGUCCUCGCCAGGUGAUUUGGACUUGGGGCGCACGAAUCUGGUCAAGCAUCGCAUCAACACUGGCAACCACCCACCCAUCAAACAACCACCAAGGAGAGUUGCCCCUGCCCGGUGUCAGGAAAUGGAAAAGGCAGUCGGUGAACAUAUCAACUAG